GUGACUGUGUGAGUGUCUGUGUGUGUGUUGUGUGCGUGAGUGUCGUGUGUGUCGGUGCAGCCCCCGCCCCUCCCUCCGCAUCUCCUCCCCGUCCGGCGGCUGAGGCUCACUCCAGACCCAGCGCCGGGCAGAGCGGGAGGAAGGAGGUGGCGGGGGACGACGAGAAGAGGAGAAGGAGAAGGAGGAGGAGCAGCGCCAACCUCUCCCCCUUCCCCGCCCUUCUCUUCCCCCCCGCCCCCCUCCAGUUCCCCCCUCGUCCCCUGCGGUUCCGUUAACGGCUCCGGCCCCCCGCGCGUGGCGUGUCCCGCGGGGAGGAGCGCGCGCGCGCCGCUGGCGGAGAGCGGAGCCGAACCGAACCGAACCUGUGCGUGUGUGUGCGCGCAGGGCGGGCGGGAACGGGGGGGGGGUGGGGGGGGAGAAGCCAUGGGGGUCCCGCGGACCGAGGAGCAGCCGGAGCGUGGGCAGCGCCAGCGCCAGGUAUCUCUGUUUCACUGAUAUCAGAAAAAAAGUGACUCAAGUUUUCCUCCUUUGGGAAUCCUUCUAGCCAAAGAUACAAGAAAGUUGUCUGGAUUAUUAAAACUCAAUUGAAUGCAUCUGAACUGAAGGAAGUGUUUUAAGAUUGCUCUCCUGACAGAAGUUGUACAACAAUGGGACACUGAGGUUUCUGCUUGCACUUCUGGGAAGUUUAUUGGCCCAUAAAAAACAAUGUAAUUAAAAAAAUAAUAGAAUAUUUAUGCAAUAGUAGUGGUUCCCCUCCCUCUGACUGGACAUGAGUGAUCAAAGAUCUUUGCAAGAAGAUAAGCACAAAGUUAGCAGAACUUCCUCAAAGUUCAGGGAGUCUUCAAGAAGCAUGCAAUCUGAUGAUUAUUUUGCAAGAAAACUUAAAGCCUUGAAUGGUAACAUGGGGCCCCCUGUUUCUUCAAAUGCACCGAGCAAAACUGAAAAUAAUCAAACAAAUGGUGGUACACCAGCUGUGCCUAAAAUGGGUGUUCGAGCAAGGGUGUCCGAAUGGCCUCCUAAAAAGGAUUGCUCCAAAGAGCUGAGUAAAGCUGCUUGGGAAAACAGACCUCCAGCUGGCUAUGAAAGUGUCACCUCAGUACUUCCAAAUGGACAAAAUGACCAAAGUGAUGGACAGCAAGAAGAGUUAGAAUUGGAAUUUACAGAGGGAAAAUACUCCAUUGGAGAGCUUUUCGUUCAUUCCCCUCAAAGGGGACUUCACCCCAUAAGGCAAAGAAGCAACAGUGAUGUGACCAUAAGUGAUAUUGAUGCUGAAGAUGUGUUGGACCAGAAUGCUGUGAACCCAAAUACUGGAGCAGCUCUUCACAGAGAAUAUGGCAGCACCUCUUCCAUUGAUAGACAAGGCUUGUCUGGAGAAAACUUCUUUGCAAUGCUCAGAGGAUAUCGAGUGGAAAAUUUUGAGCAUAAAACCCACGCCCCGUUUGGAUUUUCUGAAUUUUUCCACUGUGAUCCUACGGUUUCUCCAAGUCUCCAUGCUGCUGCUCAGAUUUCCAGGGGGGAAUUUGUCAGGAUUUCUGGCUUGGAUUAUAUGGAUAGUGCUCUACUUCUUGGUCGAGAAAGGGAGAAAUCUUUCAAGAGGAGACUAAAAUCAGAAGCAGUAGAAACUUCUCUCUUUAGAAAAUUACGAACAGUUAAAAGCGAGCAUGAAACUUUUAAGUUUUCUUCUGAUCUGGAUGAGAGGCUUGACAGAAAUGUUCGUUCUUGGAACUGUCAGAGAUGUUUUGCACAUUAUGAUGUCCAGAGUGUUCUGUUUAACAUAAACGAAGCAAUGGCAACCAGAGUAAAUGUAGGAAAAAGGAAAAACAUAACCACUGGGGCUUCAGCUGCAUCACAAACUCAGAUGCCAGCGGGCCAGACAGGAAACUGUGAAUCUCCUUUAGGAAGCAAAGAGGACCUCAAUUCAAAAGAGAAUUUGGAUGCUGAUGAGGGUGAUGGGAAGAGCAAUGAUUUAGUAUUGAGCUGCCCUUACUUCAGGAAUGAAACCGGUGGGGAAGGAGAUAGACGGAUUGCACUUUCUAGGGCAAAUUCAGCAUCUUUUUCUUCAGGUGAAAGUUGUUCUUUUGAGUCCUCUCUGAGUUCCCAUUGCACAAAUGCUGGUGUUUCAGUGCUGGAAGUACCCAGAGAAAACCAGUCCAUCCACAGGGAGAAAGUGAAGCGUUACAUCAUUGAACACAUUGAUCUUGGAGCAUAUUAUUACCGCAAGUUCUUCUAUGGAAAAGAGCAUCAGAACUACUUUGGAAUAGAUGAAAAUCUUGGACCUGUAGCAGUCAGCAUCCGGAGGGAGAAGGUUGAGGAUGCCAAGGAGAAGGAAGGAUCUCAGUUCAACUACAGGAUAGUUUUCAGGACAAGUGAGCUUACUACACUUAGAGGAGCAAUUUUAGAAGAUGCAAUUCCAUCCACUGCUCGGCAUGGCACAGCAAGAGGUCUGCCUCUCAAAGAGGUUUUAGAGUAUGUCAUUCCAGAGCUGAGCAUUCAAUGCCUUAGGCAGGCUUCCAACUCACCCAAAGUACCUGAACAGCUGCUUAAACUGGAUGAACAAGGGCUGAGUUUUCAACAUAAAAUUGGGAUCCUUUACUGCAAAGCAGGCCAGAGCACAGAGGAAGAGAUGUAUAACAAUGAGAUGGCAGGACCAGCAUUUGAAGAGUUCCUUGAUCUGCUGGGCCAGAGAGUACGGCUAAAAGGAUUUAGUAAAUACAGGGCUCAGCUAGAUAAUAAAACUGAUUCAACAGGAACUCAUUCCCUCUAUACUACCUAUAAAGAUUAUGAGUUAAUGUUUCAUGUAUCAACAAUGCUUCCCUACAUGCCCAGUAACAGGCAACAGCUGCUAAGGAAAAGGCAUAUAGGAAAUGACAUAGUUACCAUUGUCUUCCAAGAGCCAGGAGCACUUCCUUUUACUCCAAAAAAUAUUCGUUCCCACUUCCAACAUGUAUUUGUCAUAGUCAAAGUGCACAAUCCUUGCACUGAAAACGUGUGCUAUAGUGUUGGUGUUUCACGAUCCAAGGAUGUACCUCCGUUUGGCCCACCUAUUCCCAAAGGAGUAACUUUCCCCAAAUCAGCAGUCUUUAGGGACUUCCUUUUAGCCAAAGUUAUAAAUGCUGAAAAUGCAGCCCAUAAAUCUGAAAAGUUCCGAGCCAUGGCCACAAGGACACGUCAAGAAUACUUGAAAGAUCUGGCAGAGAAUUUUGUUACCACGUCUACAGUGGAUACUUCAGCCAAGUUUAGCUUUAUUACUUUAGGGGCAAAAAAAAAGGAAAAAGUGAAACCAAGGAAAGAUGCCCACUUGUUCAGUGUUGGAGCAAUUAUGUGGAAUGUGAUUGCACGAGAUUUUGGGCAGUCUGCUGACAUUGAAUGUCUCCUGGGAAUCUCCAAUGAGUUCAUCAUGCUGAUUGAAAAGGAGUCUAAAAAUGUUGUCUUUAACUGCUCCUGUAGAGAUGUUAUUGGAUGGACAUCUGGAUUAAUGAGCAUCAAAAUAUUUUAUGAAAGAGGAGAAUGUAUUCUUCUGUCUGCAGCAGAUAAUUGUACUGAAGACAUCAGAGAAAUUGUUCAAAGACUUGAAAUAGUGACCAGAGGAUGUGAAACCACAGAAAUGACCCUUCGGAGGAACGGGUUGGGCCAACUGGGAUUCCACGUGAACUUUGAAGGGAUUGUGGCAGAUGUGGAACCCUUUGGCUUCGCGUGGAAGGCGGGACUGCGGCAAGGGAGCCGCCUGGUUGAGAUCUGCAAAGUGGCCGUGGCAACUUUGACUCAUGAGCAAAUGAUUGACCUCUUACGUACCUCAGUGACAGUAAAAGUGGUGAUUAUUCAACCACACGAGGAUGGAGCACCUAGAAGGGGUUGUUCAGAACUUUGUCGUAUACCCAUGGUGGAAUACAAACUUGACAGUGAAGGCACCCCAUGUGAGUAUAAAACCCCUUUCAGAAGGAAUACCACUUGGCAUCGGGUGCCGACUCCCGCUGGGCAGCCCCUCUCUCGUGCCUCUCCAAUCCUAGGAACACCCGACAGACUGCAGUGCCAGCAGCUGCUCCAGCAGGCUCAGCCAGCCAUUCCUCGCAGCACUUCCUUUGACAGAAAACUCCCAGAUGGGGCCAGAAGUUCUCCAAGCAACCAGUCCUCCUCCAGUGACCCAGGACCCAGUGGGAGCAGCCAGUGGAGACAGCAAGUGGGAUAUGAUGGGUGCCAGUCCCCUUUGCUCCAUGAACACCACCAAGGUUCAGGCUCACUGGAGUGUGAAGGAGGCAGAGAACGAGAGGAAACUUUGGAAGGAACAAGACAUUCUGACACCAAGUGGCAUGCACCAUCGACCAAAGUCCUGAGCUCCUACAAAGACAGAACUAUACAGAAAGAAGGCAGUGGCAAGGAGUCACCAAACAAACUCUCACAUAUUGGAGACAAAAGCUGUUCAAGCCACUCGAGCAGCAACACCCUCUCCAGUAAUACAUCCAGCAACAGUGAUGAGAAACACUUUGGUUCUGGAGAUCUGAUGGAUCCUGAGCUCCUUGGGUUAACAUAUAUCAAGGGGGCUUCUACUGACAGUGGAAUUGACACAGCUCCCUGCAUGCCUGCUCCUCUGCUGGCCCCUCUGCACCUUGCUGGCAGCAGGUCUGGAGUUCAUUGUCGUGCUGAGCAGUGGACUGAGUCUUCUGAAACUCCUGGGCCAGAUGAUGAUCCAGCUAAAAUCUAUGCUGUUCACAGCUUUGCCUCUGCUAUUUCUACCAGUCACACAGCUGAAGGCAGUAUGGGAGACCUGAGUGAAAUUUCCUCUCAUUCCAGUGGGUCACAUCAUUCAGGAAGCCCAUCAACACAUUGCUCCAAGAAAAGUGGCUCCCUUGAUACCUCCAAAGUCUAUAUUGUAUCUCAGAAUAGCAGUCAACAGAUUUCUGGGUCAGUUUCCAAACCAUACCAUAGACAAGGAGCAGUGAGCAAAUAUGUUAUUGGAUGGAAAAAAUCAGAAGGAAGUCCCACACCUGAAGAAGCUGAAGUUUCUGAAUGCCACGAAGUGUAUGAUGAUAUUGAUGCUGUGUCUGCAUCCAGUCCUCUCCAGGCUGCAGUGAGGAAUGCCAUGGUUGAAAGCCAGCAAGUCCUCUCCAAAGAAGAUUUUCUGAAGAUGAUGCUUCCAGACAGCCUCUCUGUGGAGGAGGGAAGAAGGAAGUUUUCAUUUUAUGGAAAUCUGUCUCCACGGAGGACCCUGUACCGAACCUUAUCAGAUGAGAGCAUUUGUAGCAAUCGCAGAGGCUCUUCCUAUGCCAGCUCUCGAAGCUCAAUGCUGGACCAAGCUUUGCCAAAUGAUAUUUUAUUUAGCACCACUCCACCCUACCACAGCACAUUGCCUCCCAGAAUGAGCCUGACUCCUGGAAUGGGAAAUCUGAGAAAUGAAUUCUGGUUCUCAGAUGGGUCCUUAUCUGAUAAAGCCAAAUUCAAUGAUCCUGGCCUGAUGCCCCUGCCAGACACUGCCACAGGGCUAGACUGGUCCCACCUGGUAGAUGCUGCACGAGCGUUUGAAGGUUUUGACUCAGAUGAAGAAUUUGGGCCGUUCUGUCAUCACACGCCGUUUCUAGAUCAGAGAGUAGCAUCUUUUUGCACCUUGAAUGAUAUGCAACAAGCUCAGUGCUUGGAAGGAACACAAGAGUUACCUUUGGAUGAAAGUCCCACAGAUGGAAAAGAUUUCCUGGAGGCUACUGGGGAACAUGCUCCAAGUACUCUGACUGGAAAAGUAAACCAGCUGGAAGUCAUCCUCCGGCAGCUCCAAACUGACCUGAGAAAGGAAAAACAGGACAAGGCAGUUCUCCAAGCAGAGGUACAGCAUCUGAGACAGGACAACAUGAGGCUGCAGGAGGAGUCUCAAACAGCAGCUGCUCAGCUGAGGAAAUUUACAGAAUGGUUUUUCAAUACUAUAGACAAAAAAUCCUAAUGAUGCAGCAGCCCCUGGCAAAGCCUUGUCUGAACAAUGUAACAGCUGUAUUUUUUUGAAUUAGCGGGGUAAUGAUCUCACUGUGUUCUCAACCCAUUCUAGGUGUUUCUGCUACAUUCUUUAUCCAGCUUUAUUCAUUUGAAAAGGAGAGAGAACUGUGGUAAUCUGUCUUUAAUUUUGUAUUAAGAACGCAGAGGAUAGCAGAUACUUGUUUGUGUGCAGAUGAAUGUAAAAAAUCCUUAGUGUCAUUUUAGACAUUUUUAGAAGAUGCUCUGGCUGGGGCUUGCCUGAAGAGGAAUAUUUGGGGUUUUAGUUCCUGCAUUUCAGGUGCGCUGGUGAAGAUGUUAAAGCAAUUUACAUUAGCUUGGGCUUCAGUAUUGUAAGAUAAAAAAGAAUAACCAGACAUAUACUUUAAUGUUGAAAAGGUGCUCUAUUUUUUUGUAUGUACAGUAGUUUUAUUUCCACAGUCCACAUUGUCAUAGCAAUAAGGAUGGAGGUAUAGUGAAUAGUCACAAAGCUGUGUUUAUAAACUGUUAGCACUGAUGUGUUUAACACUAGUUUGGAUGCAGAUACAUUAGAGGUUAUUUAUUUGCAGGAACAAAUGGUGCCUGAAUAUAAACAGUGUUCUGAUUUUCUAAAAAUACACAUGCCUUGUAAAUGGCUCACUGGGUUUAGCCCCCUCCCAACUUCAGUUACUUUUGUAUAGUUGAUGUUCAGCUAAACAGUUCCACUGCUUAACUCUUGAGAUCAUGUCUGAUGUGAGCCAGCCAAUCAAUUGUACAAUGCCAAAUUUGUUUAUCUUUGUACAGAAGCUUUGAUCAAGUGUCUUGUAUUUAACACCUUUAUUUAAGCUUAUUUAACCUUAAAUUGUUGUUUUUAUAAAGUUUGUUUUAUCUGCACUAUGGUGAGGUCAGUUGGUUGCAAGUUGUAAUAUUUUUAGCUUGCCAAGACUGUACUGAGGAGUUCUAGAAAAAUUCUAACAAUUGGAUGCUGCUAGUACACAACUGAUUUGUUUGUAUGCUUUAACAUUUUUAACUGUUUAAUUUGAAAUGAACAUACAUCCUGCUUUUUUUAAUAAAUGUUAAAAAUCUAAACCU